AUCGAGUUGGUCCGCGCGGCGCACUAUCGAGCGGUGGGUCGCGGUGUUGUGUGCUGCGGUUGCGGCAGAGAGAGAGAGAGACUGAGGCGAAAGAGAUCUCGCACGGAAGAAGAGGCGGCGGCGAGUCCAGCGCGAAGCUGGCGACUUCGGCGACAGGAUGUCCUCGUCCCUCGACUACCUCGAGCUCUGCAGGCUCUGCCUGGUCAAGGAUCGCGUCUCGGUGCCCAUCUUCGAGGACGAGGGCGAUGUGCGACAGAUCUUCCUCAAGAUCACCGCCUGCCUGCCGGUCAAGGUUUCACGAGAAGACAAACUACCUAAGAAGAUAUGCGAUGACUGUGUGUAUAAAGUAGAAUUAUUUUACCAAUUCUGGAACACAACAGCAAACGCCGAAAAACAGCUCCUACAAUGGCUGGGAGAGGUUGGUGGCCUGGAGGACAAGGAGGGUUAUGUAACCGAAGUCCUCGACACAAAUGUGAUGAAGCAAGAAAGGAGUAGUGAUAGUCGAUUAGAUGGUAGUGUAAUGCAAGUAGGCGGGCAUCAGAACAGCAUGGACAUGGGUAUGAUGGAUAUAAUAACGAUGCCUGCUGGAAGCGAACAACAAUUCACCUCAGUUCCUAUGGACACCAGCGGCACUGUACAAACAGUUCAAGUAGUUCCAGGGCCAAGCACACAGACGACGCACGACCAAAUGGCCCAAAGUCAAGCGACCCACCUUGGAGAAGAAAGCGAGGAAGAUAAUUCCGAGGACGGAUGCGAUAACGAGGAAGGCCUUCCCGUCAAAGAGGAACACGAAGAUGAUCAAGGAGAUCAAUCUCUGGAAACAACGACUUUCGUCGCUCUGCCAUGCGACGAGGCUGGUCCAUCUGGGCUCCAACAGCAGAAAAUUUCAGAAAUGUCUGAAAUGAGUAUGCAACAGACUGCCGACAACGAUCCUAAAACUGGGCUCUCCAGGCGUACGAAGCGACGGAUAAUAAACGUGGAGGGUAAUCUGAUCGAGCUCGAGCCGAAAGAAGAAACGAAGGAAGAGCCGGUGGAAAGCUACGACCACGCGUCGAGCGACUUAGAUUUUGAAGAGGUGACGAUAGACGGUAGUAGCAGCAGCUUUCAAACUGUCGUAGACAGCAAAGAUAAUCCAAAGGUCCCUAAAACUCACGAUAAAAAGAGCGUCUCCUCGAGAAAGCCUGCGGUUUACGUAUGUAAGCCCUGUGACGUCAGCUACUCGGACCACCACUCGCUGGCGAGACACUUCAAAUUAGUUCACCAAAACAAGGCGAAAAAACCGGAAGUUGAGCAAAAACGAACCAAAAGCAUAAUAGAAAAACUGCAGGAACGCGCUAAGGGAUAUAGCCAAACCAAAGAUGGAAAGUUCGCGUGCAACUAUUGCGACUACAAAUCGGUAUUAACGGCCUGCGUGUCUGCACACAUAAGCAGGUCGCACAAGAACCACGAGCAGAGUAUCGCCGUGCGAACAUCUUCCAUAACUUUGGCUAUAGAGCCAAUAGUCAAGGAUGAGUUGGAUGGCAAGCCGAACGAAGAGGUCUUGAUAACUGAUAACGAAGAGCAGGUCGUGGUCGAAGAGGAAGUACCUAUGCUCAGUGAGAUCGAUGUCGCUACCGAUGAUCUUGUCGAAGGAGAUGCUGAGAUGGUGCAAGAAGCUAACCAAUUGUUGGCUCACGAUGACGACUACUCGGUGGAGGAAGAGAACGAAGCAGUUGGCUAUGGAGUUCAUCCUUACAACACGGAAGAUUAUGGACAACACGCCGACGACGCGGAAGAUUACGGAGUUUAUUCCGAAGAAACGGAAAAUCAUGGCGAUCAGGUAGACUACGAGGAGCUAGUAGAAGAGUGCGAGGUAGAGGUCGACCAAACGGAAGAGUAUAUAGAUGACAUCGAGGACUCGGCGAAUUAUGAAGGUCAAGAUGAAUACGUCGAAGAUUACGACGCGGAGCACGAGAACACAGGUGAUAUCGAUGCACAGGUAGAAGCCGAAUCCGCCGAGGGCGCUGAAGAGCAGCACUUGGACCAGCAAGCCAAGAAAGUGCAGUUGGUGACCUAUACUUGUCCGUACUGCGACUAUGCUACCACCAAUAAAGCUGCCAUUCACCAACACAUCACCACCGAGCACAACGACGUUUUGACCAAGAAAAUUCGCUGUACAAUCGAGAGCAUCCAGAAGAGCAAGGAGAAGCAGGAUAAGAAGCGAAAGCGCCCGGGUUACAAGUGCAUGUACUGCGACUUCGUCGGGCGCACCCGUACGAUACUUUACGAACACACCCGCGGGAAGCACCCAGGCAACAUUCAACCCGCCAAGUUAAGGAAGCAGCCACCCGACGAGCUCAAGUGCGACCGGUGCGACUUCAUAACGACGGAACGGCGCAAGAUGAUGAUGCACAUCGAGCGCAAACACACGACCGAGUACCGAUUCACCUGCGAAUACUGCGGCAAGAAAUUCAAGGUCAAGUGCGACCUCUCCUCUCACAUACGUUUCCAGCAUUUCAAGAAACCGCUGGUAUGCGACGUCUGCGGUAAGGUCUGCAGCAACAGUAACUCCCUGCACGUGCAUCAAAAGCGCGAGCACUACAAGCCCGAAUUCGAGUGUCAGAUAUGCCAUAGAAGAAUGGUCACCCAGGAGAAUCUGGACGAGCACAUCCUCAGGCAGCACGAGCAGAGGACCACCUACAUGUGCGAGCAGUGCGGCAAGGUCUUCGACCAGGCGAGCAAAUUGAAGCAGCACACGAUGACGCACACCGGGGAGAGACCGCACACCUGCCACCUCUGUGGUAAGGCCUUUGCCAGAAGAGCUGUGUUUAGGCAGCAUUUGCUCAUUCAUACCGGGGAGAAGCCAUAUGUGUGCGAUAUAUGCGGAAAGAGUUUCACGCAAAAACCGGGACUGAUUUGCCAUAGGAAGAUGCAUCCAGCUUCCUCCACCGGUCGAGGCAUCUUCAUCUUCGAGCGCGAGUCACUGGUGAUGCGCAAAUGGCAGAUCUUGGAGUUCGACGGCAAACCUUACUAUGCUUUUGUCCCCGAAGACGAAGUUCCCAUCAAGGAGGAGUCCAUUCCCGAGCUCCACGACGACAUCUCCUUCGCUGCGGACGAGCAGAUAACGGAGGAUGAUGAUGACGAAUUUGUCGAGAAGGAAGAGCCGCAGCAGAGUCAAGAAGAGGACAAGCACGACACCGUAUCCGCUGGCGAACAUGAUGACUUCGCCGAGGACACACCAGAGCCCCCGCAAGACGUCAAGCCUGUUAUCAUCAACGGCAAGGUGAUGAAGAGUAAAUCUGCCGAGUCAACAGCUGUCAAACCAAUCCUGACCAAAAGUUUGAUCGAACCUAUGGAGGCUUGUUCCUACGGCGACCUGUACCAGGUGAAAGUUGAAGCAGGUGUCGUUACUCUCGAAAAGCUCAACGUUGAACCCAUGGACACCAGCGAUCAGCAAGAGAUGAUCCAGGUCGCUCCGUCGUCGCCAGAUGUCCAAGAGCAAGUGUUCGAGGACGAGUCUCAGGACUUCGAAGGCUUCGCAGUUUCCAUGCCCGAGGACGAGGCCGAAGAACCUCCUCCAAUACAAUCCGAUCACGAGGAAAUCGAAGAUGAUGGCAUGGAGGUGACGACGAGGUUUUCUUCUGGCACCGGCCAGCACAAUCUGAAAUGUAAAGCCUGCUCGGAAACUUUCGAGACUACCCUGGCGUUUCGCAAACACGUCGCCUGGACGCACAAGAAGAAGGUCUGCAUCCAGGAGGACGGCAUGUUCAUCUGCUCUGUCUGCGACUUCUGUACCCAAAAGAAGGCUCUGUUCGCUACCCACCUGCAGCGCAAGCACGAGACCUGGACGCGCAAACGCCAGAACCAGGCAGCAGUUUUUCCCUGUGCUGCCUGUGGCUUCGUCUGUCGAUCCAAGCACUCGCUUCAGUCGCACUUCAUUCGAAAGCACACGGACCGCUACGAGCACCAGUGUAAGUUCUGCCCCAAAAAGUUCAAGGUCAAGGGAGACCUGACCAACCACGUACGUUUCCAUCAUAAAGAGAAGCCCGUCAGCUGCGACGUCUGUGGCAAGCUCUGUCUCAACAGCGGAUCGCUCUACGUGCACCAGAAGUGGGCGCAUUACAAGCCCAAGUACGAGUGCACGAUCUGCAAGCGCCGCAUGGUCACGCAGCAGAACCUCGACCAGCACAUGGUCAUGCAGCACGAGAAGCGCGAGAAGAUCGUUUGCGCCGAGUGUGGCAAGACCUUCACCAAGAAGGACUCGUUCAAGAGACACAUGUCUGUUCACACUGGCAACAAGCCCUACUGCUGCGUCAUCUGCAACAAGCCCUUCGCCAGGAGGUCCCAGCUGAGGCAGCACCUGCUCAUCCACACCGGUAAGAGGCCUUUCGUCUGCGACAUUUGCGGGAAAGCAUUCACGCAGAAACCCGGGCUGAUCAGCCACAGGAAGACACAUCCAGGCACGCACCCGCCUUUACCGGUCAUGCCGAUCGGCGACAUCGUCAAAGAGUUCACAGAGGGAUACCUGGCGAGUCAUCAAGCUGGGAACAGCGGGGAGAGGGAAAUGCUAGAAUCCCUGGUGGACGAACCCGAAGAAGAGGAGGAAGAGGAGGAGGAGGAAGAAGAAGAGAAGACAGCGAACAACUCGAAAGGCUUGCGACUACCGCCGAAAAAGCUCAAGCUCGACGAUAGCACACAGGGCUCGAUCGUCCCGGCAAAGAUCGACUUCACCUGCAUCAAGUGUGGGGAAUCUUUCGAAAGCCAAGAAGUGCUUGCGGAUCACGGGCAGAACCACGUCUUUCAGUGCGAGCAUUGCGACCUGAGUUUUCGCCAGCGCAAGAUCUUGCGCAAGCACGUGUCCGAGGCGCACAGAUCCGUGCCCAAGUACGUCUGCAGCGAGUGCGAAACCGUCUUCAAGUGCAGACAGUCUCUGCGCGAGCAUUUCGUCCGCAAGCACACAGAGGGUUUCAGGUUCGCCUGCGAAGCUUGCGGCAAGAAGUUCAAGAUGAAGAGCGACCUGUACAUGCACGUGCAGAGCAUUCACAGCGACGAGCGCGAGGCCGUAUGCGACGUUUGCGGCAAGACUUAUCGCAACGCCUUCGCCCUGAAGAAGCAUCUGGCACACGCACACAAUCAGCGGCCGUUUACCUGCGAGAUCUGCAAGCGCAAGCUGGCUACCAAAGAGUCGCUCGAACAACACGCUCAGUUGCACCUUAAGAAGGAGCGGGCCGUGUGCCAGGUCUGCGGUAAAACGUUCAGCGGGAACGACGCACUGAAAAAGCACAUGAGGAUACACACUGGCGUCAGACCGUUUCCCUGCAAGGUCUGUGGCAAAGCUUUUAGGAGGCAGAACACCCACAAGCAGCACCUGCUGACCCACACCGGGGUCAGGCCGUACGUUUGCGAUAUUUGUGGAAAGAGCUUCACCCAGAAGCCUGGUUUGAUUACGCACAGAAAGAAGCAUCCCGGGCCGCUGCCGCCGUUGCCGGCCAUCUCGAUCGAUUAUGUUAUCGCGGAUCUUAUGCAGAAAACCGACGCGAAGAAGGACGAUAUGGAGGGCGCGGUUCUUGAUGAUUCAUCAGCAUGCAUCGAUAAAGAUAAAAAAGCAACAUCAGAAUAUGGUGUAAAUAAAUCAUAUAAGCCACCCCCAACCAAGACACCUCGCCAUCAGAAGCACAAAUGCUCCCUCUGCACAUCCACUUUCGGACAGCUCUCGAAUCUCGCCCAGCACCUGCACACGGUCCACAAGCUCGAGCGUCCCUUCGAGUGUCCCGUCUGCAAGUCCAACUUCCGGAGCGCGAGAAAUCUCAGCCGUCACAGCCGACUCCACCAGCCGGACAAGAGCCGCGAGUUCAGCUGCGACCUCUGCGAAUACGCGACGAGCCAACGCUCGAACCUGUCGGUCCACCUGCGACGUCACUCCAGGAACUACGCGCACCGCUGCGACGUCUGCGGCUGUGGCUUCAUGCAGAGGUCCAAGUACCUGGAGCACAAGGCCUUGCACGAGGCCCGACCCGGAGCCACUCACUCCUGUCCCAUAUGCGAGAGGGUCUUCAACUACAAGAAGAAUCUUCUGGCCCAUCUGAGGAACCUACACCCGGAGGAGAGCACCGACGCCCCGCUGCUCGAGUGCGAGCACUGCCCCCGAAGCUUUCCCAACGAGCAGAGUCUCAAGAGACACAUCAAGGCUUCGCACGCGAAGCUGCUCCAAGAGCCGACGGAGAAGUGCCUCUGCCACACCUGUGGUGCGCAGCUGUCCUGCAAGACUGUUCUGGCUCAGCAUCUCAGGUCUCACAAAGGCGAGAAGAUCGCCGACUGCGACGUCUGCGGGAAGAGCUUCUCCAAGUGGGAGAACCUCAGGGUGCACCAGAGGAUACACACCGGAGAACGACCCUAUUUGUGCUCGGAGUGCGGUAAGGGCUUUAUUCAGAGGACCAGCUUGGUCCACCAUAUGAGGCAGCACGAGGGAGAGAAGAACUUCGGGUGCGAAGUGUGCGGAAAGGCUUUUGUGGCCGCGUCCAAGCUCAGAAAGCACGCGAAGAUCCACGAGAAGAGCUGUAGUUUCGACGACUGUAUGUUCAGCGUCGCUUUGACUCCGCUGGACAACAUCGACUACUACAAGAUCAAGCAGGACAUCAUCGACUCGUUCGUAAACGAGGACGUGAUGGACCGCAGUUGCGAGCUCUGCGGUGAGAGUUUCAUGUACCUCACCCAGCUGGUGGCCCACUUGCAGCUGGUCCACGAGAUCGAGCGUCCUUACAAGUGUCCCCACUGCGAUAAGGCCUAUCCUCAGAGAUUCAUGCUCAACGGACACGUGCGCAGGCGUCACGGCGCCUGUCUCGUCGUCGCCUGCGCCCACUGCAGCUUCUCGACUUUGGACAGGGCCAAGCUCGAGAAGCACAUCGAGAGAAUUCACGCCGAUUGUUAUCUGGAGACCAACAGUUACCUCGACGACAUCGGCUACACGACAACUUCGUCCACUACCUCGACCCCGUCACCACCAGCUCACCAGUCCAAGCCACGUCGAGGUCGUCCUCGAACCGGUCGCAGCGUCCGUCCCAGUCGCACGUUCCUCUGCUCUCACUGUGGCAAAGAACUCAAGACCAUCAAGGGUCUCCAGAUCCAUACCCGAUUGCACACCGGCGAGAAGCCCUACGAGUGCAAGGUCUGCAGCAAACGCUUCUCCUGCGAGACCCUCCUGAGCGUCCACCGGGUCACCCACACCGGCGAACGUCCCUAUGCUUGCGACCUCUGCCACAAGGCCUUCACUCAAAGGUCCAGUCUCGUGGUGCACAAGCGAUCGCACACCGGCGAGAGACCUUACGUCUGCGAGAUAUGCGGUAAGGGAUGGGUCACUAAGUUUCUGCUCAAGGGGCAUCGCAAGUCUUGCCUGAAGAAGAUGAUCGAGGAGCAGUAAUGAUGUCAUAUCGUUUUCGGAUUUUUUCCUUCGUGCCAAAUAAAUGGGUUUCGAUUAUCAUUAGUUGUAGAGCUGUCGGCGAGACGUUAUACACCUAUAUCAUAUUAUGCUAGACAAAGAGAAAAAGAGAAAGAGAGAGGGAUAGUUCGAUGCUAGUCAAUUUACUGGAAAACUUGGGCAAUAACGAACUUUACGUUUAGAAAAAGUAACGUUGUAUAUCAAUCUUACGAUGCAUAUCUCUGAUUUUUCAAUUCAUCGUGAUUCGUACCUCGGUAUUAUUAUUAUUAUACACACUUGUUUAUCGUUUGUGUUUAUUAGUGUAGGUAUCUCGGAGUUUCGAGUGCCAACUCGAAAAUUAUCAGCUCCGAGCUGUUGUUGUCUGCGAUGCUUCGUGUGAUUCUUUGCUAGCUUCUAUUUUUGGAUAGUAAUGUUGUCCGAAUCGUUUAACCGAGUUAUUUUUUUAGGUUUUUUGUGACGCACUUCCUAGUCAUUUCAAUGGUUAUUUUUGUAUUUUGUUUUUUUUUGUUUUUUUUUUUUUUAAUGUAAAACACUAUCUGUUUUACUGAUUGUCACAAAACUAUUUGCGUCAAUUGUUAACAAGUUAUAUCAGCUAAUAAUUAUUAUUUAUGACUCAUGCUAUACUUCGAAAGGAAUAAUACUUACACCUUGAUAAUGAUAUUGUUACAAAUAAUGAUCGAAUGUUUUUUUUUAUUUGACGAUUCUUUGAUCCUUGCAGGAAGACAAUAUCAAUAUUUGACGUUCAAAAAUAUGCAUAUGAAAGUGAAAGUAUCAACUAUAUCAUUAUAUCAUUAUUCAAGUCAAUAUCAAGUGAAAUAUCCGAAAAUAAAAUUAUACAAUCUAUAAGUAUUUAGUAUUUUAGUCUGUUCAAUGUUCUAAAAUGUUAUGUAUCAUAAUAAUAGUAGUAAAAUUCUAUUGCUUUAUUGAUAUAUAUCUUUAAUGUUAGCAUAUUAAUAACAGUAUUAUUGACAUAUCCAAACACAAUUAUGUAAUAAUUUGUCUUUGAUAAAUUGUGUUAAUUGAAAGUUGAAAUUAAUUUUUCGAAAAUAUCUAACAAGGAUAUCAAGCAAUACAUAAAAUUCUGCAGUACAACACAUAUAAUAAUCAAACUGUAAUCAAAUUGAAUUCCAUAAUAUCAGUUAUACAAUAAACUUUUAAUCUUACUAUGUAUUAUACUAUACCUAGAAAUAUUAUUUAAUAGUGUACACGUAUAACGAUAUAUAGUAUCUUAAACUUAUCGCAUAAAAGCAUAUAUGUCAUAUUACAGCAAGUUAUAAAAAUUACUAGGAGUAUACAUAUGCCUUGAACUUAAUAUAUGCCUAUAAUGUAAUAAGUGCAUUAAAAACUUGUAAUAUGCCUUUGAUAAAAUUCAUGCCUUUUUUGCGUUGUAAGUAUAUAUAGAAGCGCAAAACUUUACAAUCAUGAGAUUGAUGAAUUAAAUUAAUCUAGUGUAAGCGAAAUGUCAUUAAUUGUAUUCAGUCAGGUAUUCGUCCGUGCUAUAUUGCAACAGUGCCAAGCUAGAAUUCGUAAAAUUAUUCAAGAUACUCUUUAAAUCUACAUUACACCAAUUACAAGCGCACAUGUACUUUUAAGUCGAUUUCUGUCCACGUCUAUUGUGCCAUAUUAAUAGUUAAAUGUACUCUGCUUGUUCCUAUUAUACGAUAUGUGCCAUUAUUUUAUUGUGCCUAUACUAUGUGCCAUUACUUACAGAGAGUUAAAAGCGCUAAGCAUUGUCAGCCUUACAUUAUUGUAUUCAUAAGUCGUGAUUAAAAUAAAUGAUACAAAAUAUAGAAUACGCCAAAUCAUUUAUUGUAAAUAUCACCUUAAGGAAUAACCCAGAAAUCCAUUCAUACGACAGAUUAAUA